UGAGAAAUGCAUGUGCCUAAUUUCGUAGUGAUGUUCUAGUCGGUAGUUUUAUUUACAAAAUAUAGUUUAAUGAUUUCUGUUCUGCUUGUUACCUUGUUACUUGUACAUGUGGACUAUGGGCGAGGAAAUGAAAAGAGCUGCGAGUUUAGGGUACAAGUACUGAACAGUGUAGAAGUGGCCAACUCCCCAUUUGUGAGUCCUCCCAUCAUCACAGAUGUGAAUGGGGAUGGCCACAAUGAUAUAAUAGCCAGUGCUUUCACUGAGGCAAUUACUGUGAUAGAUGGGAAAACUGGACAAGUUCUUGGGGAUUCACAGUGGCCCUUUGCCUUAAAAGAAUCCUCAGUUCAUUCAAGUCCAUUGCAGUAUGAUAUAGAUGGUGAUGGAAUGUUGGAUAUCCUCAUUGUGACAUCAGAUGGAGAAUUCAAGUUCUUUCAGCAUAAUGGUGUUCACCUUAUAGAUAGGGACUACAAACUGCCCCCUGUUGGUGUGAAGAGACACUGGUACAAGGAAAACAUCUCUGUAGAUCAUAAUGAAGUUCAUAAAUAUGUUCUGGAUUAUGAAGAACUGAUGUCUGGAAAGGACUAUAAAGAUUAUGUGAGUGUGGAUCCUCAUGUUCUUGCCACCCCUGUGAUAGCAGACCUUGAUCAAGAUGGCAACAUGGAGGAGCUUGUGAUACCUGUCAGCUAUUUCUUUGAUCAGGAAGAAUAUCUGGAUUCCCAUAGUCUUGAUAAGCUUGGUUUGAACAGAACAGAGCUACGAGAAUACCUGGUUGGUGGAUUGGUGCUUUUUAAUAUGACAAGCCAGAGGGUUAUGAAAACUGUAUUGUUGGAACUUACUCCGGUAUACAGUGAAUUCCCUGCAUACGUGCUGUUUUCUCCCACUGUGGUAGACUUGGACAGUGAGGGUGGAAAAUUGGAGAUAGUGUUCGGGACCUCUGUGGGCAGUUUGUAUGCUUUAACACACACAGGAGAGACGAGAACAGGGUUUCCUUUAACUAUGGACAGUAUACAUGGACAGAUAACAGUAGAAGAUGUCAACCUGGAUAGCAAAUUGGAAAUGAUAGCAGUUGACACCAGUGCCAAUGUUGUCUGCUACAACAGUCUUGGUAAACAGCUGUGGGAGGUUCAGAUUUCUGGCACAUCGUCAGCAGGGUCACGCGUGGCAGACGUAGAUGGAAAUGGCAGGCUUGACGUGGUGGUAGCAACCAAUGAUGGGAAAAUUUAUGUGCUUGAAGGAGAAAGUGGAACAUUGCUGGAAGGUUGGCCAAUCAAAGUGGCAGAUAAGCUUACUGCAAACCCUGUAUUUACCAAGUUUGCAGAGUCACAAAACCAUGUGGAUAUGUUAAUCAUGUCAGAUGACGGAAUGCUCCAAAUCCUGAGUGGGGACAGAAGUUGCCAGCAGUCUCUACAUCUGGGGGAGAAAUCACUGAUACAAGUUGUGUCUGGUAAUCCUGACCGAGAGAAAACUGAUCUAAACUAUGUGGUGUCCACUACAGAUGGGGCCUUAGUGUUUCUUAACAUCACCAAGGCUGGGCAUGCUGGGGUUCAGCAUGUAGGGUUUGAGAAACAAAUGCUGAGGACCUGGCCUUCAGAGACACUCGGUGGGAAUGGGUUUACAUUCAGAGAGCAAGCUCUCAAUGUCUUCUUAUCCGAAGAAACCAGAGAUUUACAAGAGUACUCAGGAAACUCACUUUCAAUCACAUUCCAUAUCAUAGGAGGACAGAGGUACAGGGGAGAUUACAAUGUCAGGGUGUACUUUGGCAGCCAUUACUGGUUUGAGCAGUCAUUUACCAAAGAAGGGUUUUACACCAUUGAUGUUCCCACACCACGUAUGCCUUGUUUAAGCCAUGUAACAGUGCAAGUGACCAACAAACAUGGACAAAUAGCCACAGACUCUACAGUUAUUAGAUUUCACCAGAUGUAUUUAACAGAUGUACAGUGGUUAUUGUUUUCUCCGUUUGCUGCCACAAUGGUCAUCCUGCUGUUCCUUUAUGGCUAUCCUUCCACUGAUGUUCUUCCACUGACCACUGGAGGGGACAAGAGCAGCUAAAGGGGUACACUUGGUGUUACUCUGUUACAGUGGCUAGAUAAGAAAAUACUGUUCAUUGCGGGAACAGUAAUAUUGCACUAAAGUUAGGGAAUCUGUAAUAGUACUAGUAAGAGCACAGAGAGUCAGUUCUUGCAUUUAUAGUGCACUGCUUGAAGGAUGUAGCUGUACAGGACGUGUGUAAAAAGACGUUAUGAGCAAUUUACUUGAGAUGAUAGAUGCAAUGAGAACAGAUUACUGCUGUAGUAAUGUGAGCAAGCUCCUCACAAAAUCUUCACAUAUGAAGUUAUGAUACAUGUCGAUUGAAUGCAUUUUAUGGAAAUUGUGAUUUUCUAAGAAUGGAUUCAUAUUUAGUAUGUUGACUUGUUGAAUGUCAUCUGUAGCUGCAGUUGUGAGAGGGCUCUGCUUCAAUAGUAUAUAUAAGGGGCUCAUCAAUAUAUGUAGAGUGACUAAUGUACUGAGCAAAGACUUGGUAAAGGGAAGCACAGUAAGUGUAUGUGCAGGUAAAGAGCACUGGUUGUGGCUCUUAUAUAUCCAAACUGCACAUGAAAUGGGUUAAGGUUUCACCUAACAUGCAAUUGAUAAUGACAGUUGUGGUAGUAGUAGGCAGUUGAUUGUGGUAGUUGAGAACAAGCCAUUGUGGCAGCUGUGCUAAGCACAAUUACAAAUUAAGUAACAGCAGUUCAGGUGUCCAGUGAUUUCAUUGUUAAGCAAAGACACAAGCGUAGACAUGCUUAUGGAGAAAUGAACUUUUAGGAUGAAGGCAGCUCAUUCCAGUGGUAAUAUAUAUUUAUAUCCUUUUUUUGUUGUAAGCACUGAAGUGUUCUAGUGUUUUGCUACCAAGUAUAAUAAAUUUAACCAUAUUGCAUUAUCUGUUUGAAAUAGAGGAUUGAAAUAUUCAGGAAAAUAUGUGAUAUUCAGAUUUGACAUUUUGUAGGGACUUGUGCUUCAAAUGAUUAAACUAAAUUCAAGGCAUUUUUCCAGAAGGUGGCCAAAAGGCAUGUUUAUUUUAAUUAUAGAUUUAUGUUACAGAGAUUAGACAAUUAACACAAGGUGCAUUUUGUGCAAUAUUUGAGGCUCCAGUUUAGACAAAGAUAUCAAGCUGUAGUAAACCUGGUGUACAAUUUCAACAAUAAAAAGAUCAAUAACAAUUUAACAAUA